CAAAGAGAUCAAUCAAUACUGAAGUAUAAGUGAUGCCGAAAGCGAACAAAUCUAAGACAAAUCUCGACGACGACAACAACACCAAAGAUGGUGGCCAUCAUAGCGGCGGUGGCGGUGGAGACGGCAGUAAACCACGAGAAAAUCUGUCUGUUAACCAACGGAUACUACAAGAGUUGCACAGUCUGUACGCCAAUAAAGACAGCGGACUCAUAUCGAUUGGACAACGACUCGGACUUCAUCUGUUGGCUCCCCGACGGAAGAUCAUUGUCCUACUGAUUGGCAACCAUUCGGCCGGCAAGAGUUCGUUUAUCAAUUGGUAUAUCAAAGACAACGUCCAGAAAACAGGUGUAGCCAUCGAAACGCAGGGCUUCACGUUCGUGACGAGCGGUAAACGUAGAGAAUCGCUGACCGGAAAGGCGACCAUUCAUUUGUAUCCGCAUUUCAAGACACUCGAGAAGAUACCCGGAGUUAUUCAAUAUCUGUCCACUGAGAUAUCGGCAUCGGCGGCCAAUAAGUUCAAUUUGGUAACGUUUAUCGAUACACCCGGUCUGGUUGACGGCGAUGUUCACUAUCCCUACGAUGUCGACAAAGCGAUCGCUUGGUUGGGCGAUUUGGCUGACCUGAUAUUCGUCUUUUUCGAUCCGAUCGGACAGGCAUUAUGUAAGCGCACAUUGAAUUUGGUGGAGAAGCUGAACGCCAGACAUACCGAUCGAAUGCGGUUUUAUUUGUCAAAAGCCGACGAAGCGGGCCAUGAAAGCGACAGACAGAAGGUAUUGAUGCAAAUCGUUCAGGAGUUAUGCAAACGGCCCGGUCUUAACAAAGCCGGCUUCGAGAUGCCCACCAUUUACGUACCGGUCGACGGCAAACCAGACUCCAAGUGUGUCAAUCAGAUACAAGAAGUCUGUCAAGACAUUGAAAAGACAAUCAAUUAUACCAUUCAGAACACACUGAAUACAUUGGAAAAAGAUUGCGAACAAUUGGUUCAACUAAUCGACUCUAAACUUGAUGACGAUAACCGAAGAAGAGGCAACAAUUUUAAGGCAACACUUCGUAGGUCUGCUUUGGGAUUAUUUGCCGGCAUUUUGCCACUCAUACUGAUACUCAACUUAUUUGAAAGUGGUCUAACAAAUAGCGUUAUGAAACCGCUGUUGGGAACCGAUUUAACCAACACUAUCGCCAGCUAUAUAUCGCCGAUAACAUCGUUGUCAUCAAUAGUGCCUAAAGAGUACCAUUUUCAUGCACUCGUCCUUAUCUUAGGACUGGUCGUUAUCUUUGUAUUGUUAGCCAAAUGGUUCGCCCGAUUUAGUCCAACACUUCCCCGAAAGGAUCGAAAAUAUUUGAUCGAAAAGCAAGAUUUGGUCCAAAAUAAGAUUCUCAACAGAAGACAAUCACUUUAUAAGGAAUAUCUGUUCCAAAGUGUUGGCGAACACGAACUGAUGACUUGAUGGCCACUUGUUUUUUGUGGCCAACUUUAUCACCAAUUUUAUCCGAAGUUACUUUUUUUUAAUUAAUGAGUUUAAUCCUAUUUUUAUCGUAUGAAUGAUUAAUUUGUUGGAUAUUUUAUGAUAUAUUUUAAUCUACCGGUAGUUUAGAUCUUGAAUCUCUAUU